AUGUCGGCGAUAUGCAAUUUUGAUCUUACGCCAAAUGCAGGAACGACUCUGAGGAAGAUGAUCGACAUGAACCUGAUGGAUAACAUCGACAAGUAUAGGGCUAUAAGUUUGGGCGCUAACAAAGAACUUCAUCUUCAGCAGGAAUUGGCUGAGAUGAAUAAAGAAUGGGAACCGAUAUCAUUCGAGAUGUCGACCGACGCAGAAUCCGGUGUGAUAUUUUUUAAACACAUAAGCGAGAUCGAAACUCUUCUUAGCGAACACCUCAUCAAAAUCGAGGAAAUGAGAGCGUCGCAUUUUGUAAAGCCAAUAUUGUCAGACUUGAUGAACUUUUCCGCUGUUCUCGCAAGAAUCCAAGAAACUCUUGAUCAGUGGACGCGAAUACAAUUCCGCAAACUCUCUCUGGAGUCAAUAUUUUCUUACCCAAAAAUAGAAACGCGUUUAAACCAAGAAACUUCAUUAUAUUUAGAAGCGACAAAUAAUUUGUUAGAGAUUAAUAAGAGAUUUACGGAAAAUGCAAGCUUUCAUGAAAUUAAAAAGUCAUCGGAUCAUUUGCUGCAGAUCUUAAAUGAAGCUAAUGAGAAAUUGGAGAUAGCGAGCAGAGGUGUGAAAGAUUAUUUGGAUAUUAAAAGACUGUCUUUCACAAGAUUCUUCUUUCUCGAGGAUUCAGAGGUACAGAAAAUACUAUUCGAGUCGAUUAUUAAUAUAGAGAAACGGUAUGUGCCUGUGAAGAAAUGUUUUGCUGGUGUUAAACAAUUAAAAUUUAAUAAAUCUAAUUGCGUUUGGGGUAUAAUUGGACUUUACGGGGAAAUCCUAUAUCUAAAUAAUAAUAUUCUCUUAUCUACCGAUACUAAAUGUGAAGAGCAAUGGUUAAUUCAACUUGAGAAAGAGAUGAGAGAUGCAGUUCGCGAAAAUAUUCUGCAACAUCAUUCUUCGAUCGAUGAAAAUUCGAUAUUUGUUCCCGCUGAUAAUCUUCCGGGCAUGGUGAAUAUUUGUGGUUUGCAACUUUAUUGGACUUUAUCGGUAGAGAGAUGUCUCGCGCCAUUAAAUAUUCCAAUGUUAAAUUCUUUAUUCACGACAUAUAAAGACGGGAUAAUUUCGAUAAGUAACGAAUUAAGAAGUAAUUUAAUACGAAAACGUAGAAACCUGUUGACGUCGUUGAUCAUUGUCAUGUUGGCACAUAAAGAAAUCAUAAAAUUGUUACUGGAAAGGAAUAUCGUUGAACGAACAGAUUUCGAGUGGUCCGCACAAUUGAGAUAUUAUUGUAAUGACAAAGCCGUCGAAGUGUCGGUAUUCAAUACAACAAUUAAAUAUGAAUACGAAUAUAAUUGUGCUCAUCAGAAUAUUGUUAGUACUCCCUUAACCGACAGGUGCUUUCGUACUAUUUUGCAAGCUUAUCAUUACCAUUUGUACAGCAGCGUCAUAGGUCCAACCGGUACCGGAAAGACGGAAACGAUCAAAAGUCUGACAAGAGCUCUCGCAAAGCCAUUCUACAUAAUCAAUUGCAAUAAUAGUACUUCUUACGAUUGCGCGAUACGGAUAUUUAAAGGAGUGAUCUCGAGCGGAACGUGGGCCUGUUUUGAAAACUUCGAUAAAUUAAGGUUAGAAUUGCUAUCAGCCAUUGCUCAGAACCUUACACAAAUGAGGCAAGCGGUGUCGUCUAAUUUGAGGACCGUAAGUUUCGAGGGUUGCAAUUUAAAUUUGAAUGUCUCCGGAAAUAUAUGCGUUAGCAUCAACUCGGGGCAAUUUGGCUAUUCUAAUCUGCCAGAUAAUUUGAAGGUUCUCUUUCGCCCCGUGUCAAUGAUGGCGCCUGAGGUUCGCAGAAUUGCCGAAAUUGAGCUGUUCGCCGGAGGCUUUCUCCACGCGAAAAAUCUGGCGGUGAAGCUAGCUGCCGGUUAUAAAUUAUUGUCCGAGCAUUUGGGACGGAAGAGCCAUUACGAUUUUAGUACAUCGUCACCGAAGACCGUUGUCGCAACUGCAAUUAGUAUGAAGCGAAAUAUCCCGGACGAGAAUGAGUACAAUUUACUGCUGCGUUCAAUGGUACGCGUAAACAUCCCGCAACUGUGCGACACGGAUAUACCGAUCUUUCAGAAUAUCAUGCAAGAUAUCUUUCCCGAGUCCGUCGUGCUCCCUUUCGAUUGUUCGGCAAUUCUAAACGCUCUGGAAAUCAUAUGUGCAAAGCGAUACUUAACGUUGCACACAAUCUUCAAAUUAAAGGCUUUACAGAUUGUUGAGCUGAUGCACCUAGAAACGAUUACGCCAGGUGUAGCGGAUACCGACGCGCUCUUUGGACAUUUCUGCGAUCAGUCUGGAGUCUGGAAGGACGGCUUGUGCACCACUAUACUUCGUCGCUUCGCGGAAGACAUCUCGACAGAUCGCAAGUGGUUAGUAUUCGACGGGGACUUAAAUGGCACAUGGGUAGAAAAUUUGUAUACAAUCCUCGACGAGAAUAAAAUGCUGCACCUGACGUCUGGGGAACGGCUUCCCACGACAAACUCGAUGUCCGUCAUUUUCGAAACGACGAGCAUGACAGACAUUUCACCUGGCGUGAUAUCGCGAUGCGGAAUAAUCUAUAUCGAUGCGCAUUCCAUUGGCUGGAGACCACACGUUCUAUCUCACAUCGCUAAGCCAUUUUAUGAUGGAUACAACAAAAUACUGCACGCUCUGCUCGAUUGGGCGGUAGAUUCGUGUCUUGAUUAUUUAAGGGAAAACGGCGAUGCACCGAUAAGCCAGGAAUUGCGUCUUGUAACGUCGACUUUAAAUCUAUUUGAAAUAUUACUAAAAGACGCCUGUGAAGAUGACGCAAUCGGUAAAGGAAAGGACAAUCACUUUGUCAUAUGGGCACAGGCUGCCUUAAUCUUAGCUAUUGCUUGGGGACUGGGUGGAAACCUGACCGAGGAUUCGCAAACUCGAUUCAAUGCUUUUUGCAUAUCAUUUUGGAGUGGUACAAACAAGGAAUAUCCUAAACCCGACACGAUUAAGCAUUUUGAUAUAACGCUGCCUAACGAGGGUUUAAUCCAAGACAAUUUCUAUAUCUUCAAGGGUAUUGGAAACUGGAAAUAUUGGGGAGAUUUAUUGAAAAACGAAAAAAUCCCCGAGUUAUAUGACUUCAAUCAAAUUUACAUUCCAAGUGUCAAUAGUAUGAAAUAUAAUUAUUUGUUUUCGAAACACAUCAAAUAUCGAAAACCUUUCCUACUGUAUGGCGGUCCUACGGUUGGAAAAACGAGUAUCAUGUGCGAUUUUCUAAGGAAUAAGUUACCGGAAAAUUGCUUCUCCAAUUUUUUUAGUUUUACUUCCAUGGUUACGGUAGCGAGAACACAGAAAUCAUUGCUGUCAAAAUUAAACAAAGUACGACGCACCGCCUACGGACCAGGAAGAAAUCAAUUCUGCGUAAAUUUUAUAGACGACGUGAACAGAGCCAUUGCGCAAAAACCAGAGACGCGAUCCGUAUUUGAGCUCUUACGUCAACUUCUCAGUUACGAUUACUGCUAUAGUACGAAUGAAUUAAAUAAGAUUUUCGUACAGGACAUUAUGUUUACGCUUGCGAUUACUACAGGGAAAAUCGACGAAGGAAUCGUACCUCCUAGAUUCUUGAGACACUUCAACACCUACGCGAUUUCCGCUCUCACGACGGAUAAUAUAUUCAGAAUAUAUUUUAAUGUACUGCUCGCUAACUUAAAAAAAAAUCUGUUUGCGGCAGAUGUCACGGGAAGCGUGACUAGUAUGGUAAAUGCAACGAUUGACGUUUACAAGGCUGUAAUACAGACAUUGCGGCCUGUGCCCAGCAAACUGUAUUAUUAUUUUGACAUGAGAGAUAUAUCCAGAGUGAUCGACGGAUGCAGCCUGAUUCAGAAAGAAUCGGUAGAGACAAAGAUAACGUUCAUUCGAUUAUGGGUGCACGAGGUUUUACGUGUGUUCAGCGAUCGCAUGAUCGACGAGGGCGAUAAGAAUUGGCUUUUCCUAAAAAUCCGCGAAGCAGUGAAGAGCAACUUUAAGGACUCGUUCGAGAUCGCUUUCGAUCACUUGCCCAAAUAUGAAAAUCAGAUCACUAAGGACAGCUUCAAUGAUCUUACGUUUGGGAAUUUGGACACGGAGAAGAGUGGCAAGUGUAGACGGUAUGAAGAAAUCAGUUCUACGGAAGCUUUAAAGAAUAAAGUUCUCGCUUACUUGGACGAAUACAAUGCUAACGUCAAAAGAAAGAUCAACGUCGUCGUGUGUCGCCAUUUAUUGGAAUCUUUGAUCAAAGUUUCCAGAAUUCUGGGCACCCCAGGCGGAAACGUGUUGAUGAUAUCUACCGUGGGUUCUGGCAAAAAGUCCACGACCGCUCUCGCCGCCUUUAUGCAGCAGCAAAGCUUUUUUGAAACCACCGUCGAUUCUUAUUACAACAUAGAGGCGUGGAAGAAUAACUGGAGAAUAAUUCUGCGGGAAUGCGGGGCGUUGCGGAAGGACGUUACGUACUUUAUGACUGAAAGGCAGAUGAAAGAGGAGUUUUUGAGCGACAUUAGCUGUCUGUUAAGCACCGGGGAAUUACCCGAUCUAUUUUCUCCCGGAGACAAGCAAAAUAUAAUCGAAAUGACGCGACUGCAGGCUCAGAGUGGUGACCGAAAUGCGGAAUUCACCGCGCGUUCAGUGAUGACCUAUUUCGUAGAUCAAUGUAAAAACAGAUUACACUUCGUGCUUUGUUUUAGUCCUACCAGUGCCGCAUUUCGGACAUAUCUGUGCUCGUAUCCUAACUUGAUGAAACACUGCACGAUAAACUGUUAUCAAGUUUGGCCUAACGAGGCGCUCUUAGAAAUUGCCGUGAAACACAUGAGGGACGUCAAUGUACAAGAAGAAAUUAAAAUUGACGCAGCGAGGGUUUGUGUGCAAUUCCACAACAGUGCGAAAGAGAUAAGUUUGAAAUAUCGCGAAAUGUUUGGUAGAACGAUUCACGUGACAUCGUCGGCCUUUCUGCAUAUGCUCAAAUUGUACACACGCUUGACAUCAAAGAAACAAGAAGAGAUCGUCGCGAUGCGAAAUAAAUACAUAGCGGGAUUGGAAAAGUUGGAAUUGGCAGCCGAGCAGGUCGAGCAGAUGAAGACGACCUUGACAAUCUUGAAACCACAAUUGGAGUUGUCCGCUCAGCAGACCGUGAUCACCAUGAAAGAGGUGGAGAACGAGAACAUCAUCGUGGAGCGAGCCACGAUUCUCGUAAAAAAGGAAGAAGAAAUCGCGAAUAGGAAAGCGGAAAUCGCGGGUACCUUGAAAACCGAGUGCGAGGCCGAUCUCGCCGUCGCAAUACCGAUUCUGGAGGACGCGGUGGUCGCGUUGAAUACUUUGAAACCGACCGACAUCACGCUGGUAAAAGCGAUGAAGAAUCCCCCCGACACCAUCAAGCUGGUGAUGGCUGCCGUUUGCGUGAUGCUGGGUGUCCCUCCGGAUCGCAGUAUCGAUCCGGUCACCGGGAAGAAAUUCACGGACUAUUGGGGGCCGAGUAAGCGCAUUCUAGGCGAUAUGAAUUUUCUACAGAACUUGAAGGACUACGACAAGGACAACAUAGCUCCCACGGUGAUGCAGAUCAUCAAGAAGACAUACAUGACGGACAACAGUUUCAUGCCUCACAUUGUUGCGAAAGCUUCCAGCGCUGCCGAGGGCCUUUGCAAAUGGGUUCGCGCCAUGGUGUCUUACGACGAAGUAGCAAAAGUCGUCGCGCCUAAGAAGAAGAAACUGAUGGCAGCACAAAAGGAAUGCGACGAAGCUGAAGCAUUCUUAAAUGAAAAACGACAGACCUUGGCCGCCUUGAACGCGAAACUGGCGGCGCUGAACGACAGCCUGCGACAAACACUGCAGAAGAAACUGAACUUGGAGACGGAAGUGGCAACGUGCACUGCCAAACUAGUCAAGGCUGAGAAGCUAAUCGCCAGUUUGGGAGGCGAGAAGAGUCAUUGGAUGCAAUGCGUUCAUAAUCUUCAAAUGAAUUACGACAGUCUUGUGGGCGACAUGUUACUCUCGUGCGGAAUAAUAGCUUACAUGGCAUCCUAUAAUAUCUCCUUUCGCGACGAGAUGUUAAUCAAGUGGAAAGAAUUUAUGAAAGCUUCGAAAAUACCUUAUACUAAAACGUACGAUUUCAUAAGCGUUCUUGGUGUCGAAAUCGAAAUCAAUCAUUGGCAACUUUGUGGCCUAUCGAAAAAUCGAUUUGCAAUAGAGAACGCCAUCAUCUUAAAUAAUUCGGAACAGUGGUGUCUUUUCAUCGAUUCGCAGAUUCAAAUAAAUCAAUGGAUCAAAAAAAUCGAGAAGAAAAAUAACUUAAGAGUCAUUAAACAAACAGAUUCCGAUUACAUGUCGGUUAUUGAACAAAACAUUGAAACCGGCAUUCCAGUUUUGCUAGAAAAUAUCGGAGAGAAACUCGAAAUCUCACUGGAACCAAUCCUAUUGAAGAAUAUUUACAAAAAUGAAGAUUGGUACAUCGAUAUCGGAACUAAAUCUGUGAAAUACUCGCAAAACUUUCGAUUUUACAUCACCACAAGAUUAUCGAAUCCAAAUUAUACGGCCGAUGUUUUCAAUAAACUUACGAUAAUCGACUUCUCGAUGCCAGAUGGAACUCUUCGAGAUAAGCUUCUGGAUAUCGUUAUUUCGAAAGAAAAACCAGAGCUUCAAGAAAAAUUUGAAACACUUCGUAUUCAGGAUGCCGCUAACAAGAAAGUUCUUCAACAACAAGAGGACAAUAUCUUAAGCACUCUCUCGUCAACUACUACAAAUAUUCUGGAGGACGAGAACGCCAUACUGAUUUUAGAUUCUUCCAAAACUCUCACUGUGGACAUCAUGAAGAAACAAGAAGUAGCCAAAGCGAUGACAGAAGAUAUCAACAAAUUCAGAGAUGAGUACUUACAUUUCGCUGAUCAUUGCGCAGGUUUAUUCUGUACAUUAACUAGUCUAUCCCAAUUAAAUCACAUGUAUCGAUUUUCAUUUUCUUGGUUUAUCCAGUUAUACAUUACCUCGAUCGAAACUUCAAACAGGAGCGUUGUUCUUGAAAAACGAUUACAAUUCCUCAGAUCUUCAUUUACAAGGAAUCUUCAUUCCAGCGUUUGCAGAUCGCUCUUUGAAAAACACAAGCUUUUAUAUUCCUUUUUGCUGUGCGUAAAAGUUUUGAUAGACGAUCAGCAGACUACGCGGGACGAAGUUAAAUACUUCAUCUCUUUAGAUGCGGAAGACAUCUGCGAUACGAUUCUAAAAGUAUCAGUACCGGAUUGGUUACCGAUGGACAAAUGGAGACAAAUUUGCAGAUUGAGCAGCGCAGUGUCUGAUUUAAACAAUCUAGCGGAUGACUUUUGUGUCAACGGCACAGCCUGGGAGAGGUAUUGCAACGCGAUUCCGUUUCAAAGUCACUUGAUACCGAAACCGUGGGUAGACAAUCUGACCCGAUUUCAAAAGCUGAUGCUCAUAAAGAUCGUAAGGUAUGACAAGAUCAUCGUGGAAAUAAUGCGGCUGAUAGAAGAUACGAUGGAGGACGUGUUCAAUUCCUACCCUCGCCUUCAGAUAUCCGAAUCCUACGCGGAAUCGAGUUGCCUCACGCCGAUUAUAUUUAUCCUGCCGAGUUACACCUCACCCCUGUCGCUCGUCUCCACGUAUGCGAGCGCGAGAGGAUACACCUCAAAGUUCACUUCUCUAUCCCUCGGUGACGUCAGGCAAAUGACCGACGUCGAAGUUCUUCUGGAGCGCGCGCGAAAGGAAGGCGGAUGGAUAUUUCUGCAAAACUGUCAUCACGCCACCACGUGGUGGAUGUCGCGGCUCGAACGAAUCUGCGAGAACCUGAAUGUGUUGUCUGGCACAUCGUUGGAUUUUAGACUGUGGCUGUCCAGCUGUUCGAUUCCAAAUUUUCCGAUUGGUAUCUUGCAAAGUAGCGUGAAGAUCGCGUACGACUAUCCGCUUCAAUUGAAGCAGAGUUUGCUGAGAGCUUACCGGUCGGAGCCCGUAAGAAGCAAAGAAUUUUACGAUGGCUGCCCCGGGAAAGACAAGGAAUUCUCCAAACUCCUUUACGGGCUCUGCUUCUUCCACGGAAUCGUCAGAGGAAGAGGACACUUUGGACCGCAAGGCUGGAACGUUCCGUACAACUUCGGUCACGUGGACUUUGAGAUAUCCAUUAGACAGCUGCAGAGUUUAAUCAGGGAAACCCCGAGCGUACCGUUCGGCACGCUGCUUUAUCUCAUCGGAGAGUGUAACUACGGCGGAAAGGUCACGGAUCGUUUCGAUCAGAGGUGCCUGCGACACCUGCUAGAAUCUUUCUGCAAUACUCGCGUGAUUGAUAAUGCUGAAUAUUCCUUUUCCAACUGUGUCGAGCACUUGGUACCGCAAAGGUGCGAGUAUCGCGAUAUCAUCGUGCACAUUGGCAAUAUGCAACUGGACGCAUCGGCGGAAGCCUUUGCGUCCGAUGAAAAUGCUCUUAUUACAAAGGACACGAUCGUCGCCGGAGAAUUCCUAGAAUCGAUAUCCCGUCUGGACCGAAUUAGAUCGUCGGACGACGAAAUUACACAAGAUCAUCAGGCAUCGCUGGCGAUUGAUGAGAUUAAACGCAAAUUACCCGUGUUAUUUAACAUCGACGAGAUACAAGACAGGCAUCCUCCGAUCUCGCGCAAACCGCUAAACGCGAUUCUCAUCCACGAAGCUAAAUUGAUUAAUAGGAUCUUGGCGGUGAUCGCUGACUCUUUGAAUAAUUUAAAAUCAGCGUUGAUCGGCGAGGCCAUUUUGACCGAGUCUUUGGAAGAUCUGUCGAGAGAAAUAUCCAAUAACGAAGUUCCGAGCGUCUGGAGACCGAUCGAUGUCGGCAUUGCGACUGAACGUCUAACGAGUUACAUCAGCCUGCUCUUGAAGCGAGUAAACUUCGUGCAAAGUUGGCGUGACGACGAUCUACCUCGCGUAAUUCACCUCGACGCGUUGUCUUGUUGCACGAGAUUUCUAUCCGCAGCUCUUCUCACGUUCUCACGAUGUCGCAGCAUACCUGUCGAACAAAUUGCGACGGUUUUCGAAGUGACAAAUGACGAUGUUUCUAUGCGCGGCAAAGAAGACACAGACGUUUAUUAUAUUCACAAUUUACAUUUAUCUGGCGCCCGAUGGGAUAUGCAGAAGCGUAUGUUAGCUCAAAGUUUGACAAAUAUAUUUUGGUACAAUAUGCCACCGGUACGUCUUACAUUCAGUAAAGAAAAUAGAAUUAUCGAUAAUAUGUACGAAUGUCCUGUAUACGUGUCGCCGAUGCGAUACGAUAAAAUAGAUAUUGAUGUGAGUAUGAAUAGACUGAGUAUGAAUUAUAUUACAAGUGUACCUUUAGAAACUGAUAAGUCGCACGAAUAUUGGAUAAAACGUGGCACGGCAUUAUUCUGUCAGAGUGAGAAAUAA